AUGAUGGCAGCUGUUGCUGCUUCACUUGCCCGGCAUGGCAGUGCAGCAGCAGUUGACCUCAGCUGGCAUGCACCCAAUGCGACGAAUAUCAACAAUCUGACGCAGGUCAUGGCUGGUUCUGAUAUUUAUGGGUGGGUUUACAACAACUCCCAGGUUCCAGCGGACGAGUAUGGAGUCUACAACUGGUGUAACAUGCCCCACGUCCGGAAGACAGAGUACAAGGUGCCUUCCUCGGAAUACAAGCUGCAAUACGUUGAAGUGAUCCACAGACACCACAAACGAACAGUCUACGCCUCCAACUCCUUCCCAGUCGAAUCAUACCCUUGGAACUGUGACGACGAAGACCUAUUCUACUACGGACAACCGAAAGCUGGGAACAAGUCUACGCCGACGUAUUGGCAGGGUUAUCAGUCACCCACGAAUCCGUUCAUCCCAACCGGAUUUCUGGGAACUUGCCAAUUCCCUCAGAUAACUGCUGCGGGUUUGGAUGAUUCUUGGCAGCAUGGGCGUGAUCUUUAUGGUGUAUACCAUGAUUUGUUGGGGUUUUUGCCAGAUGAUGCCAAUGAGAAGGUUAGCUUCAGGGUUACGCAGAAUGUCAUCACCAGUGAGAUUGCUGGAAUGGUUGUCAACGGAAUGUUCAACACUCAAAAUGAGGUCCCUCUGCUGAUCGAGGCCAGUGGAUACGACUCUCUUGAGCCAACUUACUCCUGCUCGGUAUCUUCAAACCUAUUCAACAGUAUCAAAUCUGGCAGAAACUGGACCGCCCAUCUCACGGCUGCUACCUCCUUGUACUCAACCCUGGACAAUAUCUCCGGAGUGUCUCCCACAGACUCUGGUUUCCACGCCAGCUUCGACCACUACUAUGACAACCUCUCCGCCCGCCAAUGUCACGGCAAGCCCCUCCCAUGCAAGCUUGUCAACGGCGUUAACUCGACAACCUGUGUCGACCAAUCCAUUGCGGACGAAGUCUACAGACUAGGCAACUACGAAUACUCCUACAUCUACCGCGACGACCCGCGCAGUCUCGCAGCAAGCUCCACCGCCUACGGCGUCUGGAUCGGCGAACUCACAACCCACAUCCGGAACUUCAUCAACGGAACCAGCAACGUGGUUUACAGACACAACGUCGCUCACGACGGCUCCAUUUCCCGUCUUCUCUCAGUCCUGCAGCUCGACGUCAUGGUCUGGCCAGGCAUGGGCUCAGAAGUCGUCUUCGAGCUGUACAAGAAAGACACCACAACGCCAACUACCACGGCUUCGGUCAUGGCACCAACCUGCAACCACGACAACUGUCUCCGCCAAGUGAUCCGGCAAUCUGCUUCGGCGUCAGCAGUCUGCCCUACGUACACCGCGACCGCAGUGACCAGCAUCCCGACUUUCGCGUCCAACUGCGGAAGCGCUGCGAAGGUGUCGUCUGCUUGCUCUUGUGUCGUUACGCCGACUCCUACUUCAACAGCGGCACCGACUCCAACGCCGAGCAGUGCGAGCGGGUAUUAUAUCCGCGUUCUGUGGAAGGGGCAGGUUCUCAGGAGUAGCAAUCCGAGCCUCGGACUCAUGGAUAUGGUGCCGCUAGAGACGGUGCUGGGGUAUUUUGACGGGUUGGUGGGCGUGGGCGCUAGUUUGGUGGUAGGGAAGUGUAAUGGCAGUAUUGCUGUCUAA